AUGCUGAAGAGGGAGGGGCAGGUCCGACCCUACACGAAAACCCUGGAUGGAGGUUGGGGAUGGAUGGUUGUGUUUCAUUUCUUCCUGGUAAAUGUGUUCGUGAUGGGGAUGACCAAGACUUUUGCAAUUUUCUUUGUGGUUUUUCAAGAAGAGUUUGAAGGCACCUCAGAGCAAACUGGUUGGAUUGGAUCCAUCAUGUCAUCACUUCGUUUUUCUGCAGGUCCCCUAGUUGCUGUUAUUUGUGACAUAAUUGGAGAGAAAACUGCCUCCCUUCUUGGGGCUUUCCUUGUUACUGGUGGAUAUGUGAUCAGCAGCUGGGCUACAAGCAUUCCCUUUCUUUGUGUGACUAUGGGAUUUUUACCUGGUUUGGGUUCUGCUUUCUUGUACCAAGUCGCUGCUGUGGUCACUACCAAAUACUUCAAAAAACGAUUAGCUCUUUCUACAGCUAUUGCCCGUUCAGGGAUGGGACUGACAUUUCUGUUAGCGCCUUUUACAAAAGUCCUGAUAGAUCUAUAUGACUGGACAGGUGCCCUUAUAUUAUUUGGAGCAAUCACAUUGCAUUUGGUGCCUUCUAGUAUGCUCUUGAGACCCAUCCAUAUCAAAAGCGAGAGCAAUUCCGAUAUUAAAGAUAAAAGUAGCAGUUUGUCUGCAAGUGGUCCAGAGGCAGCGUGUGGGACAGAAACAACAUGCUGCAAUGAGAUACAAAAGUCUGCCAUGAGGGACAAUACUAUGCAGGAUGGACAACCUGGUAUAAGUUUAACAGUCUCACAAAAUCAAAAUGAAGAGUUCAACAAUGAACCUAACAGGAACAGACUCUUCCGAAAAACUAAUGAAGAAAGUUAUGGGAAAAAGGCUAUUUUGUGGAGCUGCAAACAAAAACUCUUUGAUUUUUCUCUCCUUAAGAAUCCUUUUUUCUACAUAUUUACGUGGUCUUUUCUCCUCAGUCAGUUGGCAUAUUUCAUCCCUACCUUUCACCUGGUAGCCAGAGCCAAAACACUGGGGAUUAAUAUCAUGGAUGCCUCCUACCUUGUUUCUGUAGCUGGUAUCACUGAGACAGUCAGUCAGAUUAUCUCCGGAUGGGUUGCUGAUCAAAACUGGAUCAAGAAGUAUCAUUACCACAAGUCUUACCUCAUCCUCUGCGGCAUCAGUAACCUGCUUGCUCCUUUUGCCACCACAUUUCCACUACUUAUGACCUAUACCAUCUUCUUUGCCAUUUUCUCCGGUGGUUACCUGGCAUUGAUACUUCCUGUACUGGUUGAUCUGUCUGGGAAUUCUAUGGUACACAGGUUCUUGGGGCUUGCCAGUUUCUUUGCUGGGAUGGCUGUCCUUUCUGGACCACCUUUAGCAGGCUGGUUAUAUGAUUAUACCCAGACAUACACCGGCUCCUUCUACUUCUCGGGCAUAUGCUAUCUCCUCUCUUCAGUUUCCCUUUUCUUUGUACCAUUGGCUGAGAGAUGGAAAAACAGUCUACCAGAAAGAGAGGACUGCAAUCAAGCGAGAGCUUAACAAAAGAAAGUCUAAACUAAAAGUCACUGGAAACAAAAGCAUGGAAGAAAAGUACCCGCAUUUGUAAACUAAGAAGGUGAACCACAUAAUUUUUUAAGGUUCCUUUUUGCUUUAGCAGUCUGAAGAAUGUCUAACUGGUGGUAAGAAAAGAGUAAUAGCAACUUAAAUUAAACUCUUUGUUAGUAUUUAAUCAAAUAGGCUAAAAUUUUAAUCAGUUGAAGCAGUUACUUUAGAUAUUAAAUGAAAAUCAGAAUGUACUGUAAUAAUAAAUUAACCAAACUCUCAGUUGUGCCAUGGUAGUUCAGUCGCAAAAAUAUGUAAAGACAGAAAACCAUUUUCCUUCAUAUAAAGCAGUAUUAAACAGUCAUUGAACUCUGGAAUCUGAAUGAACAUUGAAACAUUGUUUAGUGACUGGAAGAGUAUACACCUCCCAAAUAGUUUAUCUUUGCUUCUUAACUAGAGAUAAUCUUUGUUUUCUUUUCAUCAUUUUGUUUCUUAAGUUUUCUAUAAUAAACAUGUAUUGCUAUGUAAUAAAAAAUAAAUAAGAACUGCUAAAAAAAGA